GCAUCCCUUCCCCCCGCAACUCCACUGCAUCCACCACUCUUCGAACAUCACCCGCUGCUGAGCCUGUAUUCCCAGUCUCUAUUCAAUUCCUCGUCCCUCGCAGCCAUGAGAGAGGUCAUCAGCUUGAACGUCGGCCAGGCCGGUUGCCAGAUUGCAAACUCGUGCUGGGAGCUGUACUGUCUUGAACACGGCAUCCAGCCGGAUGGUUACCUCACCGAGGAGCGCAAAGCCGCCGACGACGACCAUGGGUUCAGCACCUUCUUCUCGGAAACAGGCCAGGGCAAAUACGUUCCGCGCACCAUCUACUGCGAUCUCGAGCCAAACGUUGUCGAUGAGGUCCGCACAGGCCCCUACCGAAGCCUUUUCCACCCCGAGCACAUGAUCACCGGCAAGGAGGAUGCCUCCAACAACUACGCUCGUGGCCAUUACACCGUGGGCAAGGAGCUCAUUGACCAGGUUCUCGACAAGGUCCGACGUGUGGCCGACAACUGCUCUGGCCUGCAAGGUUUCCUCGUCUUCCACUCCUUCGGUGGAGGAACUGGUUCCGGAUUCGGUGCUCUUCUCAUGGAGCGUCUGUCGGUGGACUAUGGCAAGAAGUGCAAGCUCGAGUUCUGUGUCUACCCGGCACCGCAGGUCGCCACCUCCGUUGUCGAGCCCUACAACUCUAUCCUCACCACACAUACUACUCUCGAACAUUCCGACUGCAGCUUUAUGGUUGAUAACGAGGCCAUUUAUGACAUCUGCCGUAGGAACCUGGGUAUUGAGCGACCCAACUAUGAGAACCUCAACCGUCUCAUUGCUCAGGUCGUUUCCUCCAUCACCGCCUCCCUCCGAUUCGACGGCUCCCUGAACGUUGAUCUCAACGAGUUCCAGACGAACCUCGUCCCAUAUCCCCGUAUCCAUUUCCCUCUCGUUGCGUACGCUCCUGUCGUCUCGGCUGCCAAGGCCUCCCACGAGGCUAACUCCGUCAUGGAGAUCACCAACGCCUGCUUCGAGCCAAACAACCAGAUGGUGAAGUGCGACCCCCGCAACGGCAAGUACAUGGCUACCUGCCUUCUGUACCGUGGCGAUGUUGUGCCCAAGGACACCCACGUUGCUAUCGCCCACCUGAAGACCAAGCGCACCAUCCAGUUCGUCGACUGGUGCCCGACCGGAUUCAAGAUUGGUAUCUGCUACCAACCCCCGCAGAUGGUGCCCAACGGCGAUUUGGCGAAGGUCAACCGCGCUGUGUGCAUGCUGUCCAACACCACGGCCAUCGCCGAGGCCUGGUCCGCUUUGUCCCACAAGUUCGACCUCAUGUACUCCAAGCGUGCUUUCGUCCAUUGGUACGUCGGCGAGGGCAUGGAGGAGGGCGAGUUCUCCGAAGCCCGCGAGGACCUGGCUGCGCUCGAGCGUGACUACGAAGAGGUGGCUGCCGACUCGCUCGAGGGCGACGAGGGUGCUGAGGCCGAGUACUAGGCGUGCGUCGUUAAGUUAUUACUCUAAUGAUCGGUGUUGGUGGAUAGCGUGUGCCUUCAUUCAUAGCGUUCGAGCUGGAUUGGGGUCUCGGGCUGUUAAUGGGGGGCAUGGCUAUGGGGGUAGAGUAGGAACUUGAUUGCGUGUGUUGUUUUGGGACUACUCAGUAGCGAGCGAAGCCUCUUGUCUUGCUCUUCUUUCCUUACAAAGUACAUUAAAUUGACCAGUGCUUGAAUACUUCGGUCUUUUUGUUUCGUUGUGAACGUAAUGUAUGCCGCUUGAUGAGUUUAUAUACGCCUACUUCCGUCAAAUAAGCUCGGAGGUACAAGAAUUUCUCUUCGUUUCAGUGUUUAGUAUGAAAUAUGAGUCCGGAGGGACGACUUGAAAGUCCAUUUUCUCUCAGUG